AUGCAUGGAGGCAUCAAUGAAUCUUUCUAUCAAGUGGGGACAGACAGGUGGGGUGGUCUGGCCAUGCAAGAGAACCAGUUUAGAGAAGCGAUGACAGAAGCUGGUUUGGAGAUCAGGUCCUGGUACCAGAUCAAGCGCCCAGAUUGUUAUCCAGAUUCCGAGUCCGAUUACGAAGGCUGCUUCAUUGUCGUUGCACCAAGUCUGUAUCGUGUGCGCCAGCCUUUCAGACCUGAGGGUGUGACGUCACGACUGACCACCCUACUGUCCACUUGGACAGGUCACUGGUGGACUGGGCCAGGAGUGACCCGGUGUACCACCCCCACUGUGAACAGGUCAGCCGUAUUGAGCGUGAAGGCCAAAUUGGUGAGUAGGCCUCAGAUUGCAGGCGAGGGAAUACUCUUCAUGGAGGGACCCAUUGGUGUACGUUUGGAAUAUAUAAAUUCAGUACAUGAAAAAUACCAUCCCGUGAAGAAAUUUCACUCGGGGGCAGAUUAUGAUAAGCUGUUUGAUCCAGAGGUGUACCUCAAUAGCCUGUACAGUGACUUCAUCGAGGGAGCACCAACAGCUACAGAGACCACUGAAGUUAUAGACUACUUCCACAAACUCUACAGUACAGGGAACAUCAAGGGGCAGAGACUGCUGGACGUUGGAACAGGACCUUCUCUUAUCAACCUGAUAAGUGCUUCUAGAUGCUUUGAAGAAAUUUAUCUCUCAGAUUUCUCCACCGCUAACCGGAAUGCCCUGAAACAAUGGUGGAACAAAGAAGAGAAUGACAAAUGGAGCUGGGAGUCAUUCUUCCGUCAUGUGGCAAAGUUAGAGGGAAACGAAGACGAGUGGAAGUCACUGCAAGAUGAAUUCCGGAGUAGACUAAAAGACAUCUAUUUCUGCGACGUGAACAACCCAAACCCACUGAGCCCUUUGGAGACGGAACCCUUUGAUACCAUUACCAGUGGCUAUUGCUUGGAGUUUGCGUGUUUGAGUGAGCGUUCAUAUCGACAGGCAAUGAAAAAUAUGACGUCAUUACUGAAGCCAGGCGGUAAUUUCAUAAUGCAUGGAGGCAUCAAUGAAUCUUUCUAUCAAGUGGGGACAGACAGGUGGGGAGGGCUGGCCAUGCACGAGAACCAGUUUAGAGACGCAAUGACAGAAGCUGGAUUGGAAAUCAAGUCCUGGUACCAGAUAAAGCGUCCAGAAAAUAUUUCAGACUGCGAGUCCGAUUACGAGGGCUGCUUCAUUGUCGUUGCGAUGAAAAAUAGCGAUUGUUAACAGC